CUGGCACGCCAACUGGCGGCUGGUAUCGUUGGUUGCCAACUGUACCUGGAACGCAAGACCGGUUAUCGGGACGGCGAUGAUUCAAACUCCGUCACCUACUACGACCUGCCGUUGCGGCCCGUUUUGCAGAAAAUAUUCAGCGAUAACCGACGAUUGGUGGUUUUCCUGCCCGUUGGCGCCACUGUCCGGAUUCUGGCGCCGUUGCUGGUUAACAAAACCAGCGACGCCGCCGUCGUGUGUGUUGACGACGCCGGUCGGCACGCCGUCAGUGUAUUGUCGGGGCAUCGUGGCGGAGCCGACGCUCUGGCCAGGGAAGUCAGCGCUGCCAUCGGGGCUGCCGCCGUUAUUACCUCUGCUUCGGAUGCGUUGGGUGUAACUCCCGUGGAUAUCGUCGGGCGAGAAUUGGGAUGGGCUGUUGAAGCAACCGCCACUGAGCUGACGCGUGCGGCGGCGGCGGUGGUAAACGGAGACCGUGUUGCACUCUGGAUAGACCCCGAGGCUAAUGUGUCCUGGCCAUGCGCCGUGCCCCUCGGGAAAAAUAUCGUGGCCGUCGACGCCAUUGCCGACGUUCUUGAUGGCGCGUUUUCAGCCGCGCUAUUGGUAACCGACGGACUCACUCCUCUGCACGGGGCCAUCAGGGAGGCUGGUAUAUCGCUGGUUGUCUACCGACCGCCCACUAUGGUGGCCGGCAUAGGAUGCCGUCGCGGUGUAGAGGUUGAACACCUGCGCGAGCUAUUGGCGCGCACGAUGGAAGCCCACGCAUUGUCGAUCAAGUCUGUGGCCGCGUUGGCCACCGCAGACAUCAAAGCCGACGAGGAUGGCAUUGUAGAGUUGGCCGAAGAAUUCGGCGUCCCGCUGCAUACAUUCACACCCGACCAGCUGAAUGAUUCCGUCGCUGGUCAUGGCAAAACCACGGACUCCGCUUGCGGAGUGAUCAGACCGACCCCGUCCGCUGCUAACCAAUUGCUGGGAGUCUACGGCGUGUCUGAGCCGGCCGCCAUGCUGGCAGCAAAUUCCAGGGGGUUGAUUGUUCCUCGAACCAAAUCCGAUCGGGCAACGGUGGCGGUGGCCCGCAUCGAGCCGCGCCCAAAGGACUAUUGA